AUGCCAUGGAGGGUGAAAACAUUGACGGAGUACAGGACCUCUGAAGGCGCGUCCCCAGAAGGUACUGACAACAUGCCUGUCAGCGAUGACCUCAGUUUGAGUGUGGCCGAACAGCUUGGAAAUGCCGAGACCUCAGAUUUUUUGUCAGGUGGUGGUGCCUUAGAUGACAGUGCUUUUGGUGACGGUGAACUUGGUAGACAUGAGUUGCCGUGGGAUUCAACCACAGGUCCAAAUCAUGGUCAGGCACAACUGGUUUCCAGGAAUUGUGCGGCUUUGGCAUUGGGUGCAAGUCAGGUGCCAAGAGGGCCAGUGAUUUCGGAAUCCAGUUUUGAGCAACUGUUGUCGCAUGCAUACUUGGGCACCAGGGGUCAGUUGACUGUUAAGAUGCCUUGGGAGCGUGGAGUUUCCAAGAAGGUCUUUCAGAAACCUGCAACUGGUAUUCAGCAUGUUUUUCAGCAGCCAAGAAUCUGGGUCAAUUACAACCUGGAGUCUGUUGCAGAGACCUUGGAAGACUUGCACGAGCCGACGGCAAAACGUCCAGAGCUGGUUGGUGUGCAAGGGCGAGAGUGGAUCACGGCUGCGAAGAUGGCCUUCAAAGACUAUGGCCUCAGCCUGGAAGGCCAUAUCGGUGGACCUUUGUUCAGACCGCCGGGUGCCGAUGGGAACAGCCACUGUAAAAGGGGCCUUACCUCACAAGAGGUAUCAAGGUUUUUGAGAGUCAUGUUGGGUGAGAACAUGACACAUGACAAGGAGAGCGGGCCAAAGUUGUCGUCGCACUCACUCAAAGCGACAGUCCUCUCUUGGGCGGCGAAGGCAGGCAUGGCGGCUCAGGACAAGUCCAUUUUGGGGCGGCAUGUGAGUGCAUACACAGAUUCAAGUGCUGUCUAUGCAAGGGACUUGUCAAUAGGUGCGGUGUCACGCCUGCAAGAGGUUCUUCUGCAGAUAUACAGAGGAGAGUUUCUGCCUGACGCGCCUCGAAGCGGGUAUUACCCAGUGGCCAUGCCUGUUGUUGAAGCACCUGAGUUGCCAGAUGCAGAAGUGAUCAAGGUUGAAGAUGAUGCUGCAUGUCAGGAGCUGGAUAUGGAAGUUCCGGUGGCUGACAGCCAACUGUGUGAAGAGGCUUGCAGUGCCUCGUCAGAUGGCUCUGAGUCGUUGGAAGGUUCUGACUCCGAAGAGGAGAUAGUGCCACCAGCACCCAAGUGCUAUAGGCACGUUGCAGCUGGCCCUCUGGAGGGGAAAUUUGUGAUGCACAAAGUGUCACACUUGGUGCACUACGUUGACUCUGGAGUGAAGGGAGGCCUGGCAACCAAGGUCAUUUCAUGCGGCAGAGCUCUGAACAACAACUACAAGACCGUGGAGAGAUUUGACACGGUUGACGUUUGCCGUCGCUGUAAAACCAAUGCGACGAAAGACGAAGCGCAAUUUGUGCAGCGCACCAUCGAUUUGAAGCUAUCGGAGGAGCUCAAGCGCAGUUUGAAAAGGACCACAGUGAGUCAAUUGGUGACAGCUGAUCGAACAGUGUGGCAGAUGUUGUUGGAGGAAGGCGUGCAGCCAAAGAGAGAUGAGAUGGGAAGCUUGGCGCUUGAUACAAAGCUCAUGGAGAGUCUCCAGAGUUAUCGUGUUUCUUUCUCGUUGCUGCCUCUCAUAGCAAAGAAGGAUGCCACGCCCAGCCCGACGAAGAUUACAAAGCCUUCUAUCAGCCAUGGAGGAAAAGGCGACUCAGCUGAGAAAAUGCCGUCCGUUCAGCAGCAUCAACCAAUGCAUGGUGUUGAAUUGACAUCUUUUGAUUUUAGCAAUGAGCAGUUGAAAGGACCUGUGGUCAUUGAGGUUUUUUGUGGCAGUGCCAGGGUAACAGCAUCCUUGAAGGAAGUGGGACUCACCCAUUCCUUUGGGGUCGGUCACGUCUUAGACAAGGUACCCAUUGCCCCAAUGCAGCGUCUCAAAGACGCCUGGCAAAUUCCGGCGGCUUGCUCAUCCAAGAUGAAGGAGAUUCCAGAGUUCAUGGAAGAAGCAGUAGCAAGGGGCCACCCCAAGUUGUUUGCGAGGCUGGUACCUGAAGUUCUGCAGGAAGGAGACAAAGCUGAGGACUUUGCAAAGGAGUUUGGAGCAUUGGGCAUACGUAUCAUGUUAGGAGUUCUUGUGAAUCCUGUUGGUCGCAGAGAGGCCUUCUUUUCCGUGGCCCUUGACGAG